UUUUCUCCCCUUCUCUGUCUCUCUCUCUGUUCACUCAGGACUCCUCUUCUCUCGCUGCUUAUCCUGCACCCCCUCCCUGCUUAUCCUACGCACCGUCCCCUUCCAUUAGCGAAAGAACUCAGUCCUCUGUGUUUACACCCAGGACAAUGGGCAAAGGGGGAGCACUAUCAGACGGUGUGAUCAAGAAGAUCCUCGUCUCCUACACCUACGUAGCAAUCUGGAUCUUCCUCAGCUUCACGGUGAUCGUCUACAACAAGUACAUCCUCGACCGCAAGCUCUACAACUGGCCGUACCCGAUCUCUCUCACCAUGAUCCACAUGGGCUUCUGCUCAACCCUAGCCUUCAUCAUCAUCCGCAUCUUCAAGCUCGUCGAACCAGUCUCCAUGUCCAGAGACCUCUAUCUCUCCUCCGUCGUCCCCAUCGGAGCUCUCUACUCUCUCUCCCUCUGGCUCUCCAACUCCGCCUACAUCUACCUCUCCGUCUCCUUCAUCCAGAUGCUCAAAGCCCUAAUGCCCGUCGCCGUCUACUCCAUCGGCAUUGUCUUCAAAAAGGACUCCUUCAAGUCCGAAACCAUGGUCAACAUGAUCUCGAUCUCAAUCGGCGUCGCGAUCGCCGCCUAUGGCGAAGCGAAGUUUGAUUCGUGGGGCGUUUUUCUUCAACUCGGUGCCGUAGCGUUCGAGGCUACUCGAUUGGUUCUGAUACAGAUCUUGCUCACCUCCAAAGGAAUCACGUUGAAUCCGAUCACCUCUCUCUACUAUGUAGCACCUUGUUGCUUUGUUUUCCUCUCUGUUCCGUGGUUCUUCGUUGAAUUUCCCGUGUUGAAAGAUACUUGGAGUUUUCAUUUCGAUUUCGCCAUCUUCGGGACCAAUUCGUUCUGCGCUUUCGCCCUGAAUCUCGCGGUGUUCUUGCUCGUUGGGAAGACGUCUGCAUUGACGAUGAAUGUGGCUGGGGUUGUGAAGGAUUGGCUGUUGAUUGCGUUUUCGUGGUCGGUGAUUAAGGAUACAGUGACUCCGGUGAAUUUGAUUGGCUAUGGAUUGGCGUUUUUAGGGGUUGCGUAUUACAAUCACUCGAAAUUGCAGGCUUUGAAGGCGAAGGAAGCGCAGAAGAAAGCUCAGCAGGCUGAUGAGGAGGCCGGAAGGUUGUUGGAGGAGAGAGAAGGAGGGGAUGCAUUGGGGAAGAAGAGCGAUGCGGAGGCGUAAUUCGGUAUUAACUAAUUUAGGAGGGACUUAUGAAAAAAAUAUAUAGGAGGAAGAGGGUAUGAAAAUAAAUACAUAGAAAGGAAAAAGAACGCAGAGAGAGGAGAGGAAAGGAAAGACAGUAUUUGGUAUGUGGGUUGGCAUUAUCCAGUAUCUAAUAUCUCUGUGUUCUUGCUGAUAUAUUAUUAUUAGGGGCUUCGAUUCGAGGUUCGUAGCUGUUAUAAGGCCUAUUUAUGUAAUUUUAGUAGAGUUAGGAUCUCGGAUACCAGAUACCAAUUUUCGAUUGUGUUUUCUUUCUUCUUUUUGAGUACUCUGAAUGAAUGUUUAUUUUAUUCAUAUAUCCAUAUGUCCGCAUAUCAGAAUCUGGAUUGUUUUUAUGAUAGAUUGAUCACAUUUGGGA